AUGAAUUUAAUCUCUCUUGAUUUGUUUAUUCUGAUCCGUCCCGACGCUGCUGGUCCUGAAUUUGGACAUUCUGGCGAUGACAGGAGCCUCCUGUUUGAUGUGAUCAAAGCAGCAAUGGAAAACCUCGGUGGCUCUUUCACUAAAGGUCAGAUUGAGGCUGCUUCACGAGUAACUACAUCAUUUGUUAUGGCUAUAGUUGAAACUUCCCCUGUGAAUGGUGAGGAACUUAAAGAAGCUAUUGUGUCAAUCUGGCCUACAUUCAAACUAGUAACGGGUAUCCUAUUCCUGAACUCAGGCAUAUUGAGGUCCACCCCCAGAAUAAGGAAGCGGAUGCCUAGUUAG